AUGCAGGAACGUAACAGAACUAUCGGAGUAAGCAUGCAGGAACGUAACAGAACUAUCGGAGAAAGCAUGCUGGAACAUAACAGAACUAUGGGAGAAAGCAUGCAGGAACGUAUCAGAACUAUGGGAGAAAGCAUGCAGGAACGUAUCAGAACUAUGGGAGAAAGCAUGCAGGAACAUAACAGAACUAUCGGAGAAAGCAUGCAGGAACGUAACAGAAUUUUGGGAGAAAGCAUGCAGGAACAUAACAGAACUAUGGGAGAAAGCAUGCAGGAACAUAACAGAACUAUGGGAGAAAGCAUGCAGGAACGUAUCAGAACUAUGGGAGAAAGCAUGCAGGAACAUAACAGAACUAUCGGAGAAAGCAUGCAGGAACGUAACAGAACUAUCGGAGUAAGCAUGCAGGAACGUAACAGAACUAUCGGAGAAAGCAUGCUGGAACAUAACAGAACUAUGGGAGAAAGCAUGCAGGAACGUAUCAGAACUAUGGGAGAAAGCAUGCAGGAACGUAUCAGAACUAUGGGAGAAAGCAUGCAGGAACAUAACAGAACUAUGGGAGAAAGCAUGCAGGAACGUAACAGAAUUUUGGGAGAAAGCAUGCAGGAACAUAACAGAACUAUGGGAGAAAGCAUGCAGGAACAUAACAGAACUAUGGGAGAAAGCAUGCAGGAACGUAUCAGAACUAUGGGAGAAAGCAUGCAGGAACAUAACAGAACUAUCGGAGAAAGCAUGCAGGAACGUAUCAGAACUAUGGGAGAAAGCAUGCAGGAACGUAUCAGAACUAUCGGAGUAAGCAUGCAGGAACGUAACAGAACUAUCGGAGUAAGCAUGCAGGAACGUAACAAAACUAUCGGAGUAAGCAUGCAGGAACGUAACAGAACUAUCGGAGAAAGCAUGCAGGAACGUAACAGAACUAUGGGAGAAAGCAUGCAGGAACGUAUCAGAACUAUGGGAGAAAGCAUGCAGGAACGUAUCAAAACUAUCGGAGUAAGCAUGCAGGAAUGUAACAGAACUAGCGGAGUAAGCAUGCAGGAACGUAACAGAACUGUCGGAGAAAAGCAUGCAGGAACGGUGCAGGAACGUAACAGAACUUUAUCAAAAUUCUAA